GUGACGUCAUCAGCACACGCACGUCCACAUCGCGUGUGCGUGGGAAAUGUUUUCUGUGCGGAUCUAAUAGAGGGACUAAACACGCUUUUGUACGGAGGGAAUUAUGAAAUCAAACCUCUUUUAACAAAAACGCUCUUCUCUUAUCAAAACAUCUUUCUGCAAUAAUCGAGUAAGAACAAUCGACGCUUUGGAAAUCAAGAUCGAAAAUAAAGAGGCCCAGGAUUGAUCGAGAUCCCUCCCAGCAUGGAAGGAGAUGUAGACGGUCCGAGCAGCUGGUGUUUGUCCCAGGUCAAAGGGGCCGUGGAUGAUGAUGUAGCUGAAGCUGACAUCAUUUCUGCGGUGGAGUUUAAUCAUUCCGGGGAGUUGUUGGCCACAGGAGACAGGGGUGGAAGAAUAGUGAUCUUCCAACAGGAACAAGAGAGUAAGAGUCGUGCGCAGUGUCGUGCGGAUUAUAACGUCUACAGCACGUUCCAAAGUCAUGAGCCUGAGUUUGAUUAUCUGAAGAGUCUGGAAAUUGAGGAGAAGAUCAACAAGAUCCGCUGGCUUCCUCAGAAAAAUGCUGCACACUUCCUGUUGUCAACAAACGAUAAAACCAUCAAGCUAUGGAAAAUCAGUGAGCGAGACAAGAGACCCGAGGGGUAUAACCUGAAAGAGGAAGAUGGGCGCUUCAGGCAUCCUUCAUCACUGACGACACUACGGGUUCCAGUAUUCCAGCCGAUGGAUUUGAUGGUGGAGGCGAGCCCAAGACGCGUUUACGCCAACGCUCACACGUACCAUAUCAACUCCAUCUCAGUAAACAGUGACAACGAGACUUAUCUGUCUGCUGAUGACCUCCGGAUCAACCUGUGGCACCUGGACUUCACCGACCGAAGCUUCAACAUUGUUGAUAUCAAGCCGGCUAACAUGGAGGAGUUGACAGAGGUGAUCACGGCAUCAGAGUUUCAUCCACUCCAGUGCAACACGUUUGUGUACGGAAGCAGCAAGGGUUCAGUGCGACUGUGUGACAUGAGAACAUCGGCUCUGUGCGACCAACACUCAAAAUUGUUCGAGGAGCCCGAAGACCCCAGCACACGUUCGUUCUUCUCUGAAAUCAUCUCCUCCAUCUCAGAUGUGAAGUUCAGUCACAGCGGACGAUACAUGAUGACCAGAGAUUACCUGACCCUCAAGAUCUGGGACCUUCACAUGGAGAGUCAACCAGUGGAAACUUACCAGGUUCACGGUUAUCUCAAAAGUAAGCUGUGCUCUCUCUAUGAGAACGACUGUAUCUUUGAUAAGUUCGAGUGCUGCUGGAGGAGUGAUGACAGUGAGGUCAUGACCGGCUCCUAUAACAACUUCUUCCGGAUGUUUGAUCGUGAAGGCAAGCGUGAUGUGACCCUGGAAGCCACAUGGGAGAACGGCUUGCCCGGCUGCCCGCUCAAGACCUGGCGGGUGAGUGCGGGCAGCAGGCGCAAGAGAAACGAGAUCGGCGUGGACUGCCUCGACUUCAGCCGAAAGAUCCUAUACACAUCCUGGCAUCCUCAGGACAACAUUGUUGCCUUGGCGACAGUCAAUAACCUUUACAUAUUCCAGGAGAAACUGAAUCAGGACUUUUAAAUUGGUUCAUCCCUGUUCCUGGCUCUAGGAGUUUGGCGGGAUCAGUUCUAACCUAGUAUCCAUGCACAACUUUUCUCCUGCAACUCAUAGUCUUACUAUUAACUACUGUAGUACGAGAAAACCUUUGGAUUAUUAUAUUAUGUUAAUUGAAACACUGUUGGCUGAAGGGAUUUGUUUGUUUUGUUUUGUUUUUCGUAUUUCUGUAUUUGGUCUUUAUUUUGCACGUCACUGACCUGUCAGUUUUAGCUUUAAAGUGAUAGUUCACCCCCCACCCCCAGUCAUUAUUUACUCGCCCUCAUGGUGUUCCAAACUCUGUAUGCUGUUUUUUUUUUCAUGUGAUUAAAGUGAAUAAGUCCUCCAAAUAAAAUUAAAAAAAAGCACCA